AUGGAGACCCUGAGGAACAGCCUCAUCCUUGGGAUGUUACUUUGUGCUUUCUCUCUACCGUUGGUGGUUUCCUUUGGAAAGGUUACCAUCCCAGCAGAGCUGAAGUCAGCUGUAGCACAAGUUGUCGUCAACACCACAUCCUGCAGUGUCACCUGUGGGCUGGGCUUCAAACUGGAGGAGAUCUGCGAGAUCACUCCCGCCGGAGAGAGGAGGAAUUGUACCUUGCGCAGGUCCGACUGCCUGACCAGCUGGAUUUGUGGCUUAGUCCACUUCACGGUCCCCGUGGGCCAACCCUUCCAGUUCAGCUGCCUGACCUCGGACGCAAUCGGCUCUGGCAGCCAAGCCUACGGCUAUACGUGGAGGCUUGCCCGAGGCCUUAUCACCACAAAAGAUGUGCUGUUCAAACCUUUCAAAAACCCCGAUUCUGUCGUCAGAUUUUCCCCUACCAGGGAGUCUGAUGCAGGGACUUACCGAUGUGAUGUGCAGAUGUUGAAGACGUUCAAGGUCAUCAAGAGGGUCUACUUUGGGGUCAGAGUGAUCCACGGUGACUUAGUGGAUCUGAACUUUCAAAAAUCCUUGACUUGGGAACAGAAGUUGGCAGCAAAGGAGGUGGAAGGGAACCCAGAAAAUGGCACCCACGAAGCAGUGCAAGAACAGCAGCGCUUUUGGCAAGGAGAAUUGUUUUAUGAAUGCUUGGUGGGAGUUGGAAGCGGAGUGAUAGGGGGCGUCUUGGUGAGCGUGGUGCUCUGCUUCUUGCGGAGGACUUUGAGAAGGAGACCUGCGGAGUAA